AUGGUUGUAAGCGACAUGUUGGCCGGUGGCGGUGAUAACGGAACCUUGGGAAAUAUCAAUGCUCCUGCUGUUGACCCUGAAACCGGAUCCCACAUCGCCGCUGUCCUUCUUUACGGAGACCCCCGUCACAUGCCCAACCAGACGUACAACGUCGGUGAUGUGACCGCUACUGGCGCCGACAGACUCCACGACUACUGCGACGACAAGGAUGGCGUUUGCGAUGCUGCCGGAACUAACCUCUCCGCUCAUCUGGCGUAUGCUACCAUCUGGGACAAGGUCGCUGCUACUUGGGUUGAGAGCAUGAUGCAGAAAUAA